AGGCCCUUCACCCAGAGACAGAAGCUCCGUGCCAGACUCCAUAACCCUGCUGAUCUCAAGCACCUGCCUCUACAGUAGUUGAUACAGAUGGCAAUAUCCCCAAUGGCCACAGAGCUUCUCCUGGCCUCCUUUGUCUUCUGCCUGGUGUUCUGGGUGGUCAGGGCCUGGCAGCCUCGGGUUCCCAAAGGCCUGAAGAGUCCACCAGGGCCCUGGGGCUGGCCUCUGCUCGGGCACGUGCUGACCUUGCGGAAGAACCCACAUCUGGUGCUGGCAAGGCUGAGCCAGCGUUACGGGGACGUGCUGCAAAUCCGCAUUGGCUCCACACCCGUGCUGGUGCUCAGCGGCCUGGACACUAUCCGGCAGGCCCUGGUGCAGCAGGGUGAUGACUUCAAGGGCCGGCCCGACCUCUACACCUUCAGUCUGGUCACUGAUGGCCACAGCAUGACCUUCAGCCCAGACUCUGGACCGGUGUGGGCCGCCCGCAGGCGCCUGGCCCAGAACGCUCUCAACACCUUCUCCAUUGCCUCAGACCCGGCUUCUGUAUCCUCCUGCUACCUGGAAGACCACGUGAGCAGGGAGGCCGAGGCCCUCCUCAGCAGGUUGCAGGAACAGAUGGCAGAGGUCGGGAGCUUCGAUCCCCAUAGCCAAGUGGUGCUGUCAGUGGCCAAUGUCAUUGGUGCCAUGUGCUUUAGGCAGCACUUUCCUCAGAACAGUGAGGAAAAGCUCAGCCUCAUACACAGCAGCAAUAUAUUCGUGGAGAAUGCGUCCUUUGGGAACCCUGUGGACUUCUUCCCCAUCCUUCAAUAUAUCCCCAUCCCUGGCCUGCAGAGAUUCAAGGCCUUCAACCAGAAGUUGGUACAGUUCCUGCAGAAAAUUAUCCAGGAGCACUACCAGGACUUUGACGAGAACAACAUCCAGGACAUCGCAGGCGCCCUGUUGAAGCACUGUAAGAAGGGAUCCAGAGCUAAUGGUGGCUGCAUCCCUCACGAGAAGAUUGUCAGCCUUAUCAACGACAUUUUUGGGGCCGGAUUUGACACUGUCACAGCAGCCAUCUCCUGGAGCCUUAUGUACCUUGUGAGAAAUCCUGAGACACAGAGAAAGAUCCAGGAGGAGCUGGACACAGUGGUUGGCAGGGCACGGUGGCCCCGGUUGUCUGACAGACUCCAGCUGCCCUACCUGGAGGCCUCCAUCUUGGAGGUCUUCCGACACUCCUCCUUCAUCCCCUUCACUGUCCCCCACAGCACAACGAGGGACACGACACUGAAUGGCUUCUACAUCCCAGAGAAACACCUUGUCUUCAUAAACCAGUGGCAGGUCAAUCAUGACCAAAAGGUGUGGGGAGAUCCAUUUGAGUUCCGGCCAGAGCGAUUCCUCACUGCUGAUGGCACUGCCAUCAACAAGAUCUUAAGUGAGAAGGUGAUGAUCUUUGGCCUGGGCAAGCGCCGGUGUAUAGGGGAGGUCCUGGCCAAGUGGGAGGUCUUCCUCUUCCUAGCCAUCUUGCUGCAGCAGCUGGAGUUCAGCGUGCCAGCGGGUGUGAAAGUAGACCUAACUCCCAUCUAUGGACUGAUCAUGAGGCACGUCCGUUGUGAGCACAUCCAGGCCCGGCCACGUUUCUCCAUCAAGUGAAGACACCAGCAUGCCAAGGCAGAGGGAGGGGUGAGGAUCACCCAUGGGUCCCCCAGCCCUUGUUUUUUGCCUUUUUCUUAAAUGAAAGCUUUAUUGAGGUAUAAUAUACAUACCAUACAAUUCACUUUCUUAAAAGUAGACAAUCCAAUGGCUUUUAGUAUAUUCACAGAUCUCAGGGGGUUCCUGGAUCCAGUUUCAACAUGGGGGGUCCCCACACAUACAACACCAAGCAAUUCUUGGACACCAACAGGGUGUCCAAGAAUUCAACUCAAUUCUAACACUGUCUACCCAGAGAUAGCAUUACACUUCACAGGUUAAGGGCUCAAUCCUACAGGACUGCCCCCCACCCCCCACUCCUGACUUUAGUUGCUAGUCACAAGCCCCAGGCUGCUACUUGUGCUUCUGACCAACCAGCUUCAGACUGGGGGUUCCAAUGACCUCCCCCUCCUUAGGUUCUUUAAUUUGCUAGAGUGGCCCACAGAACUCAGGGAGACACUUACUUAUGUUUACCAGUUUAUUAAAAGAUAUGAUGAAAGAUAGGAAUCAGCAGCCAGACAAAGAGAUAUACAGGGCAAGGUCUGAA